AUGAGCUCCUCUAGCACUCCUGUUGAGGACAUGAUUCGCGCAAAGAUCACGGCUGCUUUCAACCCCCAGACUCUGGAGAUUUACAAUGACUCUCACCUUCACUCUCACCACAAGGCCAUGGAACACACCACUUCCGGCGAGACACACUUUCGCGUGGUCAUCACCUCAGACGCCUUCAACUCCAAGAUGCAGCCUGCCCGUCACCGCAUGGUCUACGCCCUUCUCCGCGACGAGAUGGCCCAGGAGAACGGCAUCCACGCUCUCCAGCUGCGCACCAUGACUCCCGAGGAGGAAGCUCGCCAAAGGAAGAAGAAGGAAGCCGAAGCCGCUGCCCGCGCCGCCGCUGAAGCUGACCAGGAAUGA